UGUUCCCAUGGCGCUCGAAUGGGUUGUGCUUGGAUACGCCGCCGCCGCCGAGGCCAUUAUGGUGCUCCUCCUCACCGUUCCUGGCCUCGACGGCCUCCGUAAAGGUUUGAUCGCCGUACCCCGAAAUUUGCUCAAGCCCUUCCUCUCCGUCGUCCCGUUUUGCCUCUUCUUGCUCAUGGAUAUCUACUGGAAGUACGAGACUCGCCCUAGUUGCGAGGCUGACUCCUGCACCCAAACGGAGUACCUCCGACACCAGAAGUCCAUCGUGAAGAGCCAGCGCAAUGCCCUCCUCAUUGCCGCCGCUUUGGUCUUCUAUUGGCUCCUCUACUCCGUCACCAAUCUCGUUGUUAAGAUUGAGCAGUUGAAUCAGAGGGCGGAGCGCUUGAAGAAUCGGGAUUGAGUCCUCUCAUGAUUGGCAAUUAGCGAGUCAAUCAGGGUUUGGAGUGUAUAACUCUCUUUUCGUGUGUUAUAAUGGAUACCAUUUCUUUCAAUGUGUGUGUUCUUUUUCAUUAAUUUUCAAAUUUUGACUACUAUUGUUUCAAUGGUAGUUUUGCUUGUCCAACAUUCUCUUUUUGGUUGAUUAUCUUGGUUACGAUAUGUUUGAAACUUCAUAA